AUGUUUCGUAAACACGACAAGGACACCUCCAAGGGAAGCAAGAAGGACUCCAAGUCAAAGCCAUCCAUGACUGACGCCGCAAAGGGCGGCCGCCCAGGCAACCUCGACGCCUCCCAGCAGGAAGCACUCGACACCUUCCGUAACACCAUCCAGCACAAGGGCAUUUUCAAUCCCGAGCGACAUGACGAUGCUUGCCUCUGCCGAUUCCUUCGUGCCCGAAAAUGGGAUCUCGCCGCUGCCGAGGCCAUGUUCACCGAGGCUGAAAAGUGGCGCAAAGAUUUCAAGGUAGAAGAGCUCUAUCACUCGUUUGAAUACCCUGAAAAGGAGGAUGUCGACAAAUAUUACCCGCAAUACUACCACAAGACCGACAACGAAGGUCGCCCCAUCUACAUCGAACAACUUGGAAAGCUCGACCUCAAAGCGCUCUACCAAGUAACCACCCCAGAGCGUCAGAUUCAGAAACUGGUCGUCGAAUACGAAAAGUUCCAGCGAGAACGCCUUCCUGUCUGCUCGGCUCACAAGGGCGGCCUUGUCGAGACUUCUUGCACCAUCAUGGAUCUCAAGAACGUCGGUGUCUCACAAUUCUGGAAGGUCUCGGGCUACGUACAGCAGGCCUCCAAUAUUGGCCAACAUUACUAUCCCGAAACCAUGGGCAAGUUCUACAUCAUCAAUUCUCCUUACAUCUUCACCACCGUCUGGUCCGUUAUCAAGGGCUGGCUCGACCCUGUUACCGUUGAAAAAAUCAAGAUCCUCGGUCACAAAUACCAGGACGAGCUCCUUCAGCAAAUUCCCGCUGAAAACUUGCCCGUCGACCUCGGAGGGAAAUGCCAGUGCUCGGGUGGUUGUUCGCUUUCCGAUGCUGGUCCUUGGAACACUGACGAAGGUCGUAAGAUCAUCGAAAACGUUCGCGCCGAAGAGAAGCAAAAGAGAGAACAGCACGAACGGGAUGGCCCCGCUGCGCCUCCUGCCGUUGCCGAAAAUGGUUCGACAGCCGCUUGA